UCUUACACACUGCAGGGAUUGGCAGACAAUAUGAGGCACAUGAAGCGCCCGUCGAGAGAUUGUUUGGGGUGGUUGCUUGGGAACGACGCGCUUGCUAGCACGCAGAGCCAAGGCACUUGUCGUUUAGCGCCCUUUUUCACCCUCCUUGCCCCACGGCCAGGAAAGAUUCCACUGCAAACAAACACUGCUUCACCACUCCUUCGCCUUACCCCUACCACACUCACCCACAGUCGCCCCAACCAUGGCGGACAAGUACAUUCCCGAGCAUCGACGCACAACCUUCAAGGCCAAGAGCGCCUUCAAGCCUGACGAGCUGCGCCGCCGUCGUGAGGAGCAACAGGUAGAGAUUCGCCGGGCAAAGCGAGAGGAGAACCUCGCCAAGCGUCGUGGCAUCUCCGGCAGAGACCAACCGGGCGCGUCGCUGGGUGCCGCUCCCGACAGUGACGAUGAGGGCGGCAACGUUGAGGGCCAGCUCAGCGAAGAGCUCCCCCAGAUGGUCAAGGGCGUCUUCUCGGAGCAGAUCGACGAGCAGAUCCAGGCGACGACCAAGUUCCGCAAGCUGCUCAGCAAGGAGCGCAACCCCCCCAUUGAGCGCGUUAUCGAGACGGGCGUCGUGAGCCGCUUCGUCGAGUUCCUCCGCUCCCCGCACACACUGGUGCAGUUCGAGGCCGCAUGGGCCCUCACCAACAUCGCGUCGGGCUCGGCCCAGCAGACACAGGUCGUCAUCGAGGCGGGCGCCGUGCCCAUCUUUGUCGAGCUGCUCAGCAGCCACGAGCCAGACGUCCGGGAGCAGGCUGUCUGGGCUCUGGGUAACAUUGCCGGUGACAGCCCCGCAUGCCGUGACUUUGUCCUGCAGGCCGGUGCCCUGCGCCCGCUGCUUGCCCUCCUGGGCGACAGCCGUAAGCUAAGCAUGCUGAGGAAUGCCACCUGGACCUUGAGCAACUUCUGCCGUGGAAAGACACCCCAGCCAGACUGGCAGACGAUCCAACCUGCGCUCCCCGUCCUUUCUAAGCUCGUGUACUCUCUCGACGAUGAAGUCCUCAUCGACGCCUGCUGGGCCAUCUCUUACCUCUCCGAUGGCUCCAACGACAAGAUCCAGGCUGUCAUUGAGGCAGGCAUUCCUCGUCGUCUUGUAGAGCUGUUGAUGCACGCGUCCACCUCUGUCCAGACCCCUGCCCUGCGCUCCGUCGGAAACAUCGUUACGGGUGAUGACGUUCAGACCCAAGUCAUCAUCAACUGCGGCGCGCUGCCAGCUCUGCUGUCUCUGCUGAGCUCCACUAAGGAUGGGAUUCGCAAGGAGGCCUGCUGGACUAUUAGCAACGUCACCGCCGGCAACUCUACCCAGAUCCAGGCCGUUGUUGACGCCAACAUCAUCCCGCCUCUCAUUCACCUCCUCCAGAACGGCGACUUCAAGACAAGGAAAGAAGCCUGCUGGGCCAUCUCCAACGCCACCUCCGGUGGUCUGCAGAAGCCGGCCCAGAUCCGCUACCUCGUCCAGAGUGGCUGCAUCAAGCCUCUUUGCGAUUUGCUUGCAUGCCCUGAUAACAAGAUCAUCCAGGUCGCUCUCGAUGGUCUCGAGAACAUCCUCAAGGUGGGUGACAUGGACAAGGAGCAGCAGGAAGGUACUGGCGGCGACUCAAUCAACCGCUACGCACUCUUCAUUGAAGAGGUUGGCGGUAUGGAGAAGAUCCACGAGUGCCAGAACAACGCCAACGAGGAGAUUUACAUGAAGGCGUACAACAUCAUUGAGAAGUACUUCUCCGAUGAGGAGAAUGAGGCGGAGAACAUGAACGAGGCCGGUCCCCAGGUCAACCAGGAGGGUCACUUCGGCUUCGGCGCUGAGAACACCCAACAACAGCAACAACAGAACUUCAACUUCGCCAACGGUGGUGACUCCAUGGACAUGUAAGCGUUGCAUUUCAGUAAGCCAGUUUUUAAAAGUCGCACCAUGUUCUGCACACCGUGCAGUAGUUGUCCCCAUCACCCAUGCGCGCCUUCAGUUUUUGGUCGGCCGCAUCCGGUACUCUCCAAAUCGAAUUGGAGAUGAUGAAAGCCCACGACUUUCCACAUGAUACUUGGAAAUGCCACGACUACCUCGCGCGGCGAAGGAUUACACUUCCUUCGCAAUCCCCCCCAUCCUUCUCUGGGCGCCUCCGUCCGGAUCGCCCUUUUCGCCAUGAUCAUCUACGAAACAUCAACGAUACACCGUCUUGUAACCCCUUAGCUGUCUCUUAUCCGCAUCAUAUCCCUGGCGUUGUGUGUUUGUGGUUGUCGAACCAGAAUGGGUUGGGUCGAACUGGGAGGUCUGGGUCAUGGUUAUAUGAGAGCAAUGCCUUUCG